AUGCAAGCACUAAGGAGAAGUUUAGCCGUGCAACGCCGUUUCUUGUUGCGGAAACCCGCUACAUCAUCGUUGAUGCAGUGGCGUAUGCCACUGCAUCGUACGUUGGCGUCCAGACCUUCUGGCAGUUCUACGGCUUCUACAAAUGCUACGGGUGGACCGGGCUCUACAGAUGGCCAGGCUGUGCCAGCCGAGGUAUUAUCACUCAACAUGGACGUAUACCACACCCGUUCAGACCUGUUUCUGGAGGCCCUUCAGGACCAACUCGAAGCUCUUGGCGACGAGUAUCCACAACUUCUGCCGGACAUUGAGCUAACACAGGGCGUCAUGACCGUGGUAGUACCCUCUGUUGGCACCUACGUGUUGAACAAACAGCCUCCUAACAAGCAGAUCUGGCUAUCGUCGCCGGUUUCCGGACCCAACCGCUUCGAUCUGUUUCGCGAACGAUGGGUCUCACUACGUGACGGAACAGAUCUGCUACAAGUUUUGAAUCAAGAGUUGGACCAGGUAUUCCCAGUGCCGGUGAACCUAGCCGGAUGA